GAGGUCAGAGUUGAAAGGCUCCACCAGCAGGUUCGGAGAAGCAGCGAGAUUAGCCGGUUAACUGUGGGGAAUAUUUUGUUGUUUAAGCUUCAGACAUGUCGGCUGACAGAGAGGAUGAGAAGACUACCUUACCUUGCGUUGUAAUAACAAGCUCUGACUCGGGGUUCAGAGAAGAUGAGCUGGUCAGACAGAUACUGGGCACAUUGUCAUUACCAGAACCCACAAAAAGGGAGGAUGUGGUGGUUUGGUAUCCAUGGACAAUCAACAACAAAUACUAUACUGCCAAUAUCAGCCUUUGUGUUGUGCCAAGUACAUUUAAUAUGAACUCAGAGGUUGCCCAGUCUAUGCAGGCUUUCAUUGUCUACUUUGAUAGUAAAACUAAAGAUGGCCUUAGUGGUGUCACUCCAUGGUUGUCAGUGGUAGAUGAUCUAGCUCCAGAGGUGCUUAUUCUAGUGUGUGACCGCGUGUGUGAAAAUGGUGUGAGCAGACAUGAAGCUCAGCAGUGGUGCCUGGCUCAUGCAUUUGAACUGGUGGAGCUCAACCCUCAGGAACUGCCUGAUGAGGAUGAUGACUUUCCAGAGUCUACAGGAGUGAAGAGGAUUGUUCAGGCUCUCAAUGCCAAUGUGUGGUCUAGUGUGGAGAUGAAGGAUGAACACAAUCAGGGAUUCGGUCUGAUGAGCAGUUUGGUGGCAUCUCGCCACAACAAUCCACGGCCUAUGCCAGAGUCACAGCCUUUCCAGUCCCAGUCUAUCAAUGUAGAUGAGAACACAGAAGGGCAGAAGACUGAAAGCUGUCACCAAAGUACAGAAGUGGUGGACUCAUUAGUAGACCCCAUGACUGACAUGGACAUUCAGGAGUUGGCAAACCUCACCGCUGGAGAUGCAGAUGUGGAGAAUUUUGAGAGGCUCUUUACCAAACUGAAAGAGAUGAAAGAUAAAGCUUCCUCACUACCACAUGAGCAAAGGAAGGUGCAUGCAGAGAAGGUGGCCAAAGCAUUUUGGAUGGCAAUUGGUGGGGACCAGGAUGAGAUUGAUGGUUUAUCUUCUGGGGAGGAGAGCUAAAGCUAGAUUGCUUCCUUCCCAGGCUCUGUUCCCCAGCACCCAGUCUUUUCCCUCUACACCCCGAGACAGCGUUGAGGUCAGGCGGACCUACCAAGCAUCGCGCCCCACUCUGUGGUAUCAAAAAUGUGAGGACAAGGGGUGGGGGAGACAGAGACGGAGAGGUUUAUCACGAUACUCCUGUUAUUAUCCUCUCAAACCCCAACACCUCAGUAACCUACUGAAGAGCCAUUAUGGGUUGCUGGCUUUUAAACACUAUAAUCUAAGAUGGAUAGGAGAGGGUGUGGUGGGCAAGAGAUCAUGCACAACCUCCUCACUACAUUUGCAGAUUCAAGCAUGGGACAUUCAUGAUUAGUCUAGUGUGAGUAUACUGUUAUGAAGACUGAUGGUGUUCCAUGGUUUGUUUUUGAACUUUUUCUUUUUUUGGGCUGUCAGUAAUUUUGUCCAGAAUGAAUAAGGUUGUAGUUAUGGAUAAGUGUGGUUAUAUCCCUGAUCAUUUAAGUAAAUUGUCAAAGUAAGCUUUUAUUUUAUUAAUCGUCACAUUAAAUCAUGAACAUUCUUCAAGUAAAA